CCGUGCGAAGAACCCCAGCACUAUGCUUUGGUGCCACUUCGUCGUUGACGACACUCAGCCCAGGCACCUUCAAACGACCAAAAAGGCGCCGACAACGACCGUCCCCCAUCCAACCCAUCACAGUGCACACGUCCUGUCGCUAUCGUUAGUCAAGGCCGACUUCCUAUCGCAUUGACUUAUCGAACCUCACUGUAUCGAGACUUGGACUGCCCCUGGAUCUCAUCGAACCAUAGUAUUCAAUACUUGACACAUCCCCGUCCGAUUUCUCUUCGGCCGCUUCAACCAUGACAGACAUCAUAGCCGACCAGGCACCGCCAGCCCUCGCCGUGCCUUCGGAAAAGGAAAAGAAAUAUGACCGCCAACUCAGACUUUGGGCUGCGAGCGGGCAAGCUGCUCUGGAGUCUGCCAAUAUCCUGCUCGUGAAUUCCGGCACGGGCACCGUAGGUGUUGAGACACUAAAGAAUCUCGUACUUCCAGGAAUUGGAAAUUUCACGAUUGCUGAUGAUGCCGUCGUGAAUGAGGCUGAUCUUGGCGUCAACUUCUUCCUGGACGAGUCCCAUCUCGGCAAGUCCAGGGCCCAGAGCUGCACUGAGCUGCUGCUAGAGCUCAACCCUGAGGUUCAGGGUGAUUGGUAUCCUAAAACUUCGGAAAAUACGGGCCUCCAGGAGCUUCUCAAAACCUCAGCCCCCUUCACCAUCAUCUUGUACACACUUCCCAUGAAACAAGAAGACCUCACCGUACUCGAGUCAUACAGCCGGGAGCACAAGACGCCAUUGAUCGCGAUACACUCUGCGGGUUUCUACUCCUAUUUCAGCACUCGUCUUCCAGGCAUCUACCCCAUCGUCGACACUCAUCCUGACGUUACCGCCAUCACGGACUUGCGGCUCCUCACCCCGUGGGAGGAGCUGGAGGCCUUUGCCGACAGCCUGACGAAAGGUAUUGACAAUCUCGAUAGUCAUGAACACGGCCACCUGCCAUUCGUUGUUAUUCUCCUACACUACCUGAAGGAAUGGAAGUCAUCUCACGACUCUAAGCCCCCGAGCAACUAUAAGGACAAGGUCGAAUUCCGCAAGAUGGUGGCCGCUGCUACGAGAACGGACAACCCUGAAGGAGGCGAGGAAAACUUUGAGGAGGCUGUGGCUGCCGUGUUGAAGACUAUUUCGCCACCGUCACUCCCUUCUGCUGUCAAGGAGGUCUUUGAGUACAAGCAUACCGACGAGAGCGAAGCCACUUCUAGCUUCUGGAUCAUCGCAGGAGCGGUGCGUGACUUUUAUGAGAAGCACGGCUGUUUACCAGUGCCCGGCGGCCUCCCAGACAUGAAGGCCCAAUCUAGCGUGUAUAUUGAGCUUCAGAACAUCUACAAGGCCAAGGCCCGCAAAGAUGCAGCCGAGGUGCUCGAAUCGGUCCGUCAGAAAGCCGGUGGCGAGGGCGUCGACGCAGCCGAGGUCGACUUGUUCUGUAAGAAUGCGGCCUUUAUCAAGCUGGUCGUCCCUGCAAGUGGCGGGCCCGAACAACUGCGCAGCGUAGCAGGUGAGGAACAUCUCCACGAGGAUUGCCACAGCCGGUGCUCACACAUUGCAUUUACAGCGCAGGAGUUUGCCAACGACGAAAUGGCCAAGGAGGGCGUGGUGCCACUGUCGCUGUUCCCAAUCUAUCUCGCCCUCCAGUCCACGUCACACACACCCACGGCAUCUUCGGACGAGAUUCUAGACAAGAUCAAGACACUGCUUCCAGAUUGGAGCGACAACGAGCGGCUCGCGCAGGCGGCGCAAGAGGUAGCCAGGUCUGGCGGUGGAGAGCUGCACAACGUUUCCGCCGUGACAGGCGGUAUGGUGGCUCAGGAGACGAUCAAAAUCAUCACGAACCAAUACGUACCCAUCGAGAACACCUGCAUAUUCGACGGCAUUGCAAGCCGAUGCCAAAUUCUUCACGAAAGAUGUAUGUUCCGCUCGGCCUCUCUUGACCCGAUAUCAUCUAACCUCUUUGACAGCCGCUGUGAUGGCCAACAGCCAUGCGGCCAAUGUCUCUCAAGCCGGGCUCCCAAGCGCUGCUUUUAUGACAAGCACAGACAGCGCGUCAUUCCGUCCCGCAAGACGCUCGAGGCACUCUCACAGUCUCUCGAAGAAUGCCGCUCUGUGCUCAAGCGCCUCUUUCCCCAUCAAGACGUACAGUCGUUACUCCCACUAUCUCGCCACGACCUCCUUGGUCUCCUUGAACACCCGGUCCUGGAUACGCCAACCGCGCUCCCCUCACCGCCUCUCAAUACCUCCCCCCUCUCACAAGAACUAGACUCCCCGGUUUGCUCCGGCUCCGAGCGGGGCUUCUCAAGCCUCGAGCUCAUGCCUGGCCGGGAUACCGAGUGGGACGAAGAACGCCGCGUACGCGAUCCUAUCCCCAUCGAGGCCGACGAUGUGAACGCCCUCUCGCUGUCCGUGGACCGUCAAUCGUCAUAUCUCGGCGCCUCUUCAAUCAAAGCAGCGCUCAUGUGUCUCAUGAAGGUUCAGCCGGCACUUCGCAACGCGCUUACCACGCCGCUCCAGAGCGCCGAAGUCACACACAGCUUCCCAUCCAUGCGACAGAGGAGCGCCGUGCCCAAGGAUACUCAGCGCAUCCCGUGGUCAUGGAAGGGCCAGACGCUCAUUGACGCUUACUUCAAACGCAUCCACGUCUUCGUUCCCAUGCUGGACGAGGCCGCUUUCCGAGCCGAUUAUCUGGAAGGCCAGCGCUUUGAUGCCCCCUGGCUAGCAUUGCUGAACAUGGUCUUUGCUAUGGGCAGCAUCGUCGCUAUGAAAUCGGAUGACUACAACCACAUCAAUUACUAUAACAGGGCCAUGGAGCAUCUGCCCAUGGAUGCCUUUGGCAGCAGCCAUAUCGAGAUGGUGCAAGCCCUCGCGCUGAUCGGAGGCUACUAUCUGCACUACAUUAACAGACCCAACAUGGCCAACGCCGUCCUUGGCGCGGCCAUUAGAAUGGCAAGCGCCCUCGGCCUUCACAGAGAGAGCCUGGCGCAAGGGUCGAGCGACAUUGCCGCCGCCGAGACCAGACGCCAGCUCACUUUAAUCCCGGGCUCGCCCGCUCGCCCGCCCGCCCGCCGUUGGCAACAAUGA